GCAUACAGUCUCUUCACUGGUGUGGCAGGCUACCAGUUUGCAUUCCUGUUCUUCUCCAUGACUUGCUUCACGGGAUCCGUCUUUGUCAGCCUGUGUGUGCCUGAAACAAUGGGAAAGACACUAGAAGAAAUUCAAGAUACCUUGCAUGGAGUCAUUAAGAACCAGGAAGAGUAAAGAAAUUGGAAAAGUGCAAUGUAUCUGCAAUGGAACAUCUAUUCCAGCGAAAAGUGCAAGCACACGGAAAGAUCUAGAAAUGCUUGACAAUUCGCUGUUCUAUUUACAACAGAAAAGCUUUGAAAAGGAAAUGAUAAAGGAUUUUUGACCAACAAAAUUAUCAUGAAGGUGGGAUCAGAUUUAAAUAAUAUAUUAAAAAUAACUAGAGAAAACUGUAUUAAAAUAUAUGCAGCUUGCAAAGAAAUGAG